CAAUUAUGUGGCUUGGCCUCAUCUCAUUAUGGUCAUUUUCCAGGUUUGGAUUCGUGACUAUAAAACGUGGUGGGAAAUAAUGGCCGAGCGGAGACUCCCCGUCUCCCGCACACCAGCUCGUGACCGCGGACGGGGAGCUGUGACGUCAUGCUACAGGAAUGCGCAGUUGGCGUGCUGAGCAGAAGGCCUGCGACCGACCGAGGAGCCACGGGGAGAAAUGAGACUGAUGGAAAGAAGAGGGGGUGCGGAUCUGUGAAAGAAAGCCUGCCAUGUCUGGCCCGACCUGGCUUCCACCAAGGACUGUCGAGAGCCCAGAGCGAGCGUCCCCCCAGAUGUCCCACACCGGAGGGGCAGCCAUCUAUAGAGCCCCUAACAAGAAGGGCACGCCUGACCCCCGUCCUAAAUAUGGCCUCUAUGACCAAAAUGGAGGAGGUGGAGGAGGGAUGGCCACCAGAUACACGGCUACUGGACCCCCGGGUUCACCCAUGCAUCAUCCACCCAGUGACCACUAUUACCCUCCUCCCCAUGGACCAAAAGAGGACCGCAAUUGGAGUCCCCACAUGGACAGUUAUGAGCGAAUGCACCGCGGCCCUGAAAAGUCCAUCGGUCACCACUCCAAUAUUGACGACGAUAUCGACUCUCUGACCUGUAUGCUGGCUGAUCUAGACAACCACCCACAUGACUCAAGCACACAGCUGUAUGACAAUGUGCCUUACAACCCACACCUCUCGGGGGACCGUUACAAACCCGCUCCCCAAAGUGGAGCUCCCACCCAGGGUCGGCCAUCCACGGGAUACCUCCCUCCUCCCCAGAACCAGUACCACCCAGCGCCUCCUUACCCCAGCGAGCACCCCACACCCCAGUACCCCUCCUCCUCCUCCUCCCACCAGCAGGAAUAUUACUCCUCUUCAGCCCCAAAGCCCUACCCGCAGCCUGUGCCUGCCUCCUACACCACAGCCUCCACUCCUACGGGGCCCAGGUUCAGCGUCCAGGUCAAGACAGCCCAGCCAGUCACAUACUCCCAGACUGGGAGACAAGCCGAACAGGCCUACACCCCUCCUCCUCCCCGCCAGCAUGUGUCGCGCCCCCCACCCCAGGUCCAGGCGGGCUCUUCAGGCUGGUACCCGCAGCAUCCCUCCUCUCAAGCCCAGGAGGCGCACUCUGAGGUGGGAUACAAGGGGAGCACCUCAGGGUCUGGAGGAAGAGCCAGCCAGACUCCUGUUUCCAAGAGAGGCCUGGAGAAUAAUCAGGCAGGGUCAGCGACAGCGCAGGGUCCCAUUUAUCAACCCAGCAAGGGAGCAGCAACGCCGAGGCCUGAGGAGGAGCUGGACCGACUCACCAAGAAGCUGGUGUACGAUAUGAACCACCCACCCACAGAGGAAUAUUUUGGUCGCUGUGCCCGCUGCGGUGACAACGUGCUCGGCGAUGGCAGCGGCUGUAUCGCCAUGGAGCAGGUUUUCCACGUGGAGUGUUUUACCUGCAUCACCUGCCACGCUCGCCUCAGAGGCCAGCCGUUCUACGCCCUGGACAAGAAGAGCUACUGUGAGAGCUGUUAUAUCAGUACUCUGGAGCGAUGCUCGAAAUGCUCCAAGCCCAUCCUGGACCGUAUCCUUAGGGCCAUGGGGAAAGCCUACCACCCCCGCUGCUUCACCUGCGUGGUAUGCAACUGCUGCCUGGAUGGGGUGCCCUUCACCGUGGAUGCUGCCUCCCAGAUCCACUGCAUAGAGGACUUCCACAGGAAGUUUGCCCCACGUUGCUCGGUGUGUGGUCAGGCCAUCAUGCCGGAGCCCGGCCAAGAGGAGACCGUCCGCAUAGUCGCCCUGGACCGCAGCUUCCACGUUAACUGUUACAUCUGUGAGGAAUGUGGUCUGCUGCUGUCGUCUGAAGGCGAGGGCCGCGGCUGCUACCCGCUGGACGGACACAUCCUGUGUAAGAGCUGCAGCGCCCGUCGAAUCCAGGACCUCUCCGCCAAAAUCUCCACCGACUGCUAGCGCGCACACGCACACACACACACACGCACACACAGAGUUUCAGUACUCUUGACUUUCCUAGCAUGGAGUUCGGUGGUGGUCAUCUCCCGAUCAAAAACUUUUUUCCCAUCAAGAAGGUUGUAUUGUGGAUUAUGGAGACUGAUGAUGAUGUCUUCAGUCCUCUCUUAUUUCGGUCCACUUUUAACGCUCAUACCUAUUAUCUGCCCUUUUGGAGUCGGUGGCGUUGGUUAGCAGGUACCGUGAAUUGGGAAAAGCCAAAAACAACAGUACUUUAGCCCCCCCCUGCUGGUACGUGAUUGCAGUUGUAUUUGUGCGGGGGGGGGGUGCAUCGACUCUGUUGCUGUCAAACUUAAAACAGAAAGAUUUAUUUUGGGUCCAUCACUUCUCUCUCAUCUCUACAUUUUUCUUACCGUUUUCUGUUCCUUGUUGGUACCCGGCCGUUUCCUGUCAUUAGUCUGUCAGUUUCACCCCGGUACCACCGGGUGGCCCCGACCUGCGGGCAGCAAGGGCUUUACUCUACACUUCAUUCACCCUGACGCGGAUGACAAUGUACUGACACAUUAUGCCUACGAAGAUUAUCCAGAAUGGGGAUAUGGAAGGAACUCAGUGAUGUGAAAUCUUUGUUAUUAUUAUUAUUAUUAUUUCUUUUUAAAAAGCUUGGAGCUGGUUGCAGUGCAGGGAAAGAGGAAGUGGGUUAACGAAUUAAAAAAAUUGCCUCCGUUUGUUGGGUGACCAGUACAAAUGGCAAAAGUUGUGUAUCUGUGGGGGGAAAAAACAAAACCCUGCAGGCAUCAAGCGCUGACCUGCCUCAACACAACAGCAAUGUGUGUGUGUGUGUGUGUGUGUGUUUGUGAGAAUGGAACGCACAUAACGCAGGUUGAACCGUGGCUGGUGGCAGCGGGCUGUUUGGGUUCGAGGGAGAACACGUGGUGUUGGAAAAGCGUGCAGCUUUUGAGUGCGGUGAGUUUUGCGGUGAUUAGCUUCAUAGGAUUGAAAUGAGCGUAGCUUAAAAUGACGAGACGGCUCUCCCUGGACGCUGGCGUGACCCUAGGACGGGUUCGGCGUCUGUCGUCGCGCCCGCGUUUAGCGGUUUGACCGUCGUGCCGUGAUGGGGGUCGGCUGUCACCGACAGAGGGUGGUGGCUUUUCCGAUGCCAGCCAAGUUGGCACGCGCGAGCGAACGUCGGACAAAGUUGUGGGUUUGACAGGCGAUGUUUAGGCGCUUAUUUCUCCUCUCUCUCUUUCUUUCUGAGUCCUUUUCGUUUUACGAGUUCAUGUUUUUCGGUUGAUACUUGACCGUUAACGCUGAAGGUGAAGGUGCAAUGAAGUCGAACGCUGUCCACUGUGUAAAGGACAAACAUGGCGCGUGUUGGACCGGCGUUACGGGGGCACGAAAACACCCCAAUGUGUAAACCUCUGCUUGAGCCUCAGUUUGUGGAUUUUUGUGUGUGUGUGUGUGUGUGUGUAUGUGUGUGUACUUGCACUCGCACUCAUUUUGGCCAAUGUAGUCUUGCGUUGUCAGACGUGGAAGCCGCAGUGUUUACGCUGUCCUUCUGUCUGUCUAACCUUCGUCUUUCCGUCCUGAUUUUUGUGUGAAUGUGAAGGGCUCGACGGUUUUUGGAUCUUACCUCAAGGGUCCUUUUUGAAUCGUGGGGUUUUCGUAAAAAAAAGAAAAGAAAACUUUUUCCACAACUUGAUGGUGCUCAAGUGGUUUAUCAGCACGCCGGUGACGUUGCUCCUCUCACCUGUUUUAUUUAUUGUGUCAUGAUGUGUGUCAAACGUUCAUUUGUGGCUUUGCCUCACCAAGGUUAACUUGUACUCGUUGUCCAUCAGUGUCAUAUUUCCAUUUCAUUAAACACGCCAACUGUCA